CAGAUCAUGUGAUCACAAAAUGGUGGAAGCUGUGAGCUGUUUAUAAGCUGAGCAUCUCCAUCGAGAGGCUUGAAGCAGGAAAAAAGGCAGUACAUCCAUGCUCUGAGACAGUGGGACAGAGAUUCCCAAACCCCAGCAGCGGUCCCCCUAGGGAUUGACCUGGCCUCGAACAGUAAAAUGACUUCAGAAGGUGAUGAUGGGAGACCAGCUCCUCCUACAUCUUUACCUCUGCAAGGAGGUGCAAGGAAAAAACUAUCUGCACCACGGAUCAGCUUGUCACUGGACCACAGUGAAGAUGACCUUGGAGAGACUCCUGAUGAUCUGGACAUUAACGUAGAUGAACUCGACACUCCAGACGAGGGAGAUUAUCUCGACUACACAGACCAUGAGUUAGACUGGGAAGAACAAGAUCCCGUUACAGCCAAUAAAAGUGGGACAAGCGAUACCUACAAUACUAUUCCAACAUACAGUGCUGAGGAAGAAAGGCGUGAUGUCAAGUUAUGGAGGACUGUUGUUAUCGGGGAGCAGGAGCACCGAAUCAACAUGAAGGUUAUCGAGCCCUACAUGAAAGUGGUGUCUCAUGGAGGUUACUAUGGCAAUGGGGUGAAUGCCAUCAUAGUCUUUGCUGCAUGUUUUCUACCAGACAGUGCCCGAGAGGACUACCAUGAAAUAAUGGAGAACCUCUUCCUCUAUGUCAUCAGCACACUGGAGCUGAUGGUGGCAGAGGACUAUAUGAUCGUUUACCUGAAUGGAGCCACGCCCCACAGAAGAAUGCCUGGUCUUGGUUGGCUAAAAAAGUGCUAUCAGAUGAUUGACAGAAGGCUCAGGAAGAAUUUGAAAUCCUUCAUUAUUGUCCAUCCAUCAUGGUUUAUCAGGACUGUUCUUGCCAUUACUAAGCCCUUCAUCAGCGCCAAGUUCAGCAGCAAGAUCAAGUAUGUGAACAGUUUAGAUGAACUGCGGGAGUUAAUCCCAAUGGACAGCAUCCAGAUCCCAGAGUGCAUCAUUAAACUUGACAAAGAACUGAAAGAAGCAGCAGAAAACUCAAAAAUAAAUAGUUUCCUGCAGGGGACCGAGAUGGCAGCAGCCAGCAGAACAGACAGACAAGACCAAGCUGGUGCCAGCAGCUCAUAAACCACAGCAUCCUGAAUUAAUGGGACACCUCAAGAAGUAACGGCAACGAACGGGUCAAGCUUGAAAAGUGCUGCCUGUGUGUGUGUGUAUGUGCAUCAGUGUUUUUUUUUUCUUCUCUAAGACACAGCAGUUUCAUUUAAACACAACCUACUGUAGAACCUGUUAAAACUCUGAUCAAUUUUAACCGUAGCAUCUGCUGCACUGUAAAACUGCAGCUGAAACAACCCUUAUAGUCAAGUGUGUGAUGCUUGCAAGCAUCAGCAGAGUAGCACUGAUGUUGUUUGUGGUUAAAAAAAAUAAAUGCAAUUACACAAAACAGUGAUCCUCCAGAAUUCAAUUUUAGAAACUGUAUUUUAUUUAGGUGCAUGAAAUGCAGCGCAGCAAUAACACAACACCUUAUGUGUUUACUCAGAGUGAGAGGUACAUUUUUAUGUCAGCUGUUUUACAUGAAAAAGGACCAGAGGAUGGCAAAAAAACAAACAAAAAAAAACUUGUGCCAUAAUUUAGAACAGACCUGCAAUUAGGUAACCUAAUGUUAUAUAUUGUCCUUAUUGUAUGAAAUAAAUAAAUAGAUAUAAAUAGAUAUUUAAACUUUAUUGUGUUUAUGUGGGAGCCAAGCAGGAGUGAGUAAAUAUGAAAUCAAACUGUCACUGAUGUUUGGCAGGAUGCAUUUCAAGCCUUUUUUCUCCAAGUGUGUGUAUGUGUGUGUGUGUGUGUGUGUGUGUGUGUGUGGGAUGUGUGUGUGUGUGUGUGUUUUGGGUGAAACAAACUGGGAAACGUACCUUUAGCAAAUGCUGGCUUCUCACGUAAAACCUCAGUCAAUCUAAAUGAUGGGAUUCCAGUAAAGCACAAUAUCCCAUCAGUGUGUCCACAUGCAUGUGUCUAUUUGUACAUCAGUGCAUGGUCCCACAUCACAUAACUGAUGGAUCAAACUUAUGUGUCUUAAUGAGUCU